AUGGCGGAUUGGUCGCAUUUUGACCGCGAAAUUGGGUGUUUUGAAUAUCCAUACGGAAACCAAAUUGCAACUACAUCACAGGAGUAUCCAUCGCCAAAUUUCACCGUGCUCCUCACGCCACCAGGGAAACCCUCUGAGUGUUAUGGAAGGGGAGACAGUCCUCGUGAACUUCGGAAUAAGGCAGAGAAGCAAAGAAGGGAUAAGAUGAACAAAUCAAUUUCACAUUUGGCAAGUUUGGUGCCACCGGUGGCGAUUCCUGCUCGAAAAAUUGACAAGACUAGCGUACUGCGACUUACUGCACAUUACUUACGCUCACAUCAAUAUGUCUUUGGAGACAGUUUAGACAGGGCGAGAAACAGUAAGGAAUUCAGUUGUGAUUUUACAAAAACUCUUCUAAAAACGUUAAAAGGAUUUCUCAUAACGGUGACCUAUAAAGGUCUAUUUGUGGUCGUUUCUCCAAAUGUAGAGGAAUAUUUAGGUUACAGUGAGUUAGACUUGCUUGGUCACAACAUAUAUAAUUUCGUACACGAAAGUGACCAGGCUGUACUGAGGGAGCAAUUGACACCACCUAUGUAUAUGUUGGGAUCGAAUGGCCGAUUACUGAUACCCGACGAUCCAGAUGGAAAGAAGAAGGUCACUGAAGAACUCGUCAAUGAAAAACGGAGUUUCAUUGUUCGAUUUAGGCGACUUAAUCAGCAGAGAUCGGGACCAAUACAUUUCUUGUCGUGCCAUAUAGAAGGAACCUUCCGAAAAGCAGAUAAGGCCUGCCCAAAUUACAAUAAACACUGUCACAUUGUCCGCCGAGCAAGAUAUAGAGGUGAAAAGCCAACUUCAAGUGGAAACGACAUUGUAUUUAUUGGCAUCGCCCGACCGGCAACAGAGACAUUUAUGACAGAGAGAUUCCUUGAGUCUUUUAAAAUGGAAUAUCGCACCCGUCACUCAAUAGAUGGACAAAUCAUUCAAUGUGAGCAACGCAUAGCCCUGGUCACAGGGUAUAUGACACACGAAGUUAGUGGAGUGAAUGCGAUGAACUUUAUGCACCGAGACGACGUGCGAUGGGUCAUUAUAGCUCUGCGUGAAAUGUACGAUGAAAAUCGGCUCUAUGGGGAGUCUUGUUACCGGCUGAUGACCAAAAACGGACAAUUUAUUUAUAUGCGAACCCGGGGACAUUUGGACGUUGAUAAAAAUACGAAUGCCGUUACCAGCUUUGUCUGUACUAAUACGGUAGUUAAUGAACGGGAGGGAAAAGAACUCAUCCGUUUGAUGAAGAAGAAGUUUAUGCUACUCGUGAACAAUGGUGACACUAAGGAGUUAGAUGACAUCAAUGUUUCAGAGGAAAAUAGUUCAAGCCUACCCGUGGAAGAUCCCGAACAACUGCAAGAAGUCAUUCUCCAUUUAGUUACUAAUUUGCCCUCCAGAGAUAAUACGGACAAUGUACUUGAUUCACCUAAUGAUAUCAACUAUACACGCUUAUCAAUAAUACCACCACAGCGUGAUAGGAUCCUUAACGCUAUUCUAAGGAGCAGCUUUGUUAUAGGAAACGCGAACCAUGUGUCCGAUGGCAAUUCUGAAGCUGGUUGCAGUGGCAAUUCCCAAAUAACAUAUAACAACCCCGAUGAAGAUACCGAACCACCGACUAAGCUACCUAAAAAUUAUGACGACAUAUCUGAUGAAAGCCUUAUGGAAGUCUUGAAAUUGGAUCCCAAUGAUCAGUUAAAAAUUACGGAGAUUGACACACACGGUAUUAACUACAAGGACGUUUUGGAGGAGGCCUAUCACAAUAAAAAAAUGUAUUUCAACAAUAUUAACAAUUAG